CGCUACCUGCUCAUAAGUGGGGUGGGCCGCUUGGCGAGAACACAAGCCACUUACAGGAUCAACGACACUUGUGAACUGCCAGUGCACCGCCUAGAGAUGGAUUGGUAUGCAAACCCAGGUCCGACAAUAAUCGGUGUUUUUCAACGCCAUGUCAACGCUUCCUCCGAAAAAUUUCGGCCUCUUCUGGCCGUGAAUAUCGUAACAUGCCAUUGCCUCCAUCUAUAAAGAUGCGGCUACAGGCUCCUGAGGAAAGAAUGCGAGAGAAUCAACCAGCAGGACAAUCACAAACGUUCAAUACCAAAUACCAACUCAUUGCAAAGCUUUCAAACCAUCCAAUAUCAACGCCCCUACCCGAAAAUGUCUGGAAUUAUCGACCUCAAGAACCCCUCGCGGGCUGUCCGUUGCGGUGUCAUCUUGAUGAAUGGCAUAACUGAGAUCCUCGAUGUCGCUCCCAUUGACGUCCUCCAUGGGAUGUACACCAAGUUCAUCGAGGACUGGCCGGAGGAGGUUCUGCCCGCAUCCCUCAAGAAGCAGUCCCUUGACAUGCAGUUCAUCUGGGUGUCCGAGCAUGGAUCGGCCAAGGGCCCCAUGCGCAUGACCAGCAACCUCAACAUCGUCGCUACUCACUCUUUCGCCGACUGCCCCACGCUCGACGUCGUGGUCAUCGGCGCGCACAACAUCGGGUACAAGCCCAACGAGGCCGAGCUCGCCUUCGUGCGUAAGAUGCACGAGACGUGCGCCGCCUUCAUCAGCAUCUGCGGCGGCGUCGAGGUCCCGCUCCAGGCCGGCCUGCUGGCCGGCAAGACGGCCACGGGGCCCCGCCCCAUGCUGCCCAUCCUGCGCGAGCAGGCGCCGCAGACCAACUGGGUCGAGAAGCGCUGGGCGCGCGACGGCAAGAUGUGGACCAGCGGCGCCCUGCUCAACGGGCUCGACCUCAUGCGCGAGUUCGCCACGGCCACCUGGGGCGGCGAGGGCACGCUGAUGGACUACGUGCUAAAGGUCGGCGCGCUGCCGAUCCGGGAUGUCGACUACAAGGACGUCACCUGGUCUCUCUGAGGCGUCGGGAAGGGGAUGGGUGAAUGCAGAAAUCUUGCAGCCCAGAGUUCUUGAGAGUGUCCAUGGCUUCUAGCGCAUGACAACCUGAAAGCAGAUAUUAGUAAAUUGGGGGCAAAUACCACACCGCGUGGCACUUCUGGCAACAUCGAGCAAAGCAAAACCCCCUUUAGAAAUGCAGUAGACAUCAUGUAACUCAUUGUCACAGCGAUGCUAAAAUGGGGGAAAUACCCAUACAAAGAAACAAUAGACAUCAUGUAACUCAUUGUCA